AUGCAGCUCGACCCGGCCUUGCGAGGGGCAUCCACAGCAGCGACUGGAGGUGGAGCAGACCAUCGAGACCUGCUUGACAUGACUUCUCCCAAGAGGGGGCGUACCGAAGCGGGGCAAGGGGUCACUCUUGAAGCGAUCCGAGACCUUCUCCGAGGGGAACUCAGCAUGGCUGUGGGGCAGAUGAAUGAGAGAGUGGGCACCUUUGAGCAGAAUGUUCAGGCCCAACUUGCUGACACCACCAUGCGUAUACACAACAUGUCGCUCGAGACCGAAGCCAACAAGGAUAAAAUUUCCCAGGUGCAAGACCGCAUGGAGAGUUUGGAGACCCGACUCGCGAAGCUCGAACGGGGGGACACAGCCAAUCCGGAGGGCACCCGCCCGCGAGGACCCGCCUUGAUCAUGGGUGGUUUCCACCCCGACACCGAGGCCGACAAGGUGAUCGAGCAGGCAAAAGUACGUGGAAACCCUCCGCCUCGACCUGGACACCCAAGGAGAGGAUACUGCAUCAUCCCUUUGAUGAAGAGGGACACCGAGAGUGAGGAGGACCAACGUGCUCGAGUCCAGGCCUGCAUCCGACACAUCCGCAACGCCAACAUCUCGGUGGGCACCCGCCAAGACGGCACGCCAUCGCAACUCUGGCUGAACAUAUCGCAGCCACCAGAGAAGAGGCGGAAAGUUCAGGUGGCUGCUAAAUGCAAGCGACUCCUGCUUGAACUCGGAGCACUUCCCCAAGACAUCGACACGGAGUACUCGACCGGACAAGUGUGGUUCAAGUCCGUACGAGUGGCCUCGGCAAUCAAUCUGGGGGCACCCAGCCAGUCGACAACCACGGGCACACAAGGCUGGAUCGACCUCCCCACCAUCUCGGCGAAGAUUCAUGUGGACGUGGGCAGAGUCAAGACGCACUGGCAGCAACUGGGGCACGCACUGGUUGCUACCUGGAAUGUUGGAGGAAUGACGCCACCUAAGGUGUUGGAAUUCCUGAAGGCUUUCAAGGGGCACACAACUUUUUCUGCGGGCAACCCGCCACUCUGUCAGCUAACCGUGGUCCUGCUCCAGGAAAUAAUCGUGGAGGCGGGCAUCUUCUUUGAAGACGAUGGCACGUGGACCUUGGUUAGCGGAAAAAAGGCAGGAGAGUGGAGAGGAACCGCGAUCGCCUUUAAAGACUACAAUCACCACAAGGCCACCAUUCACCCAAGGGGCAGCUCUGUUGUUCUGACUCGUGGCACACACAAGUGGGGCGUUCUUUGCGGUCAUAUACCGCACCACGCCACGAUGGACGAGACCUCCGCCAUACUGGCGGACUGGCUUCGAUGUGAAGCCCUCACGCAGAACAAACUCAUCAUUGGGUUGGACGCUAACGAGGUCUUCCUCUACAGCGAGUGCACACCAGCUUUUCCCAAAGGCACCUCCGGGAGGGGGGACGUCAUCCUCGACUGGAUCGCCAAUACCCGCUGCAAAUUCCCGGAGCAGCAACUGCAUGAGCCGUCGCAUUUCCCGUACUCUGGCCAACGCCCACGACGGCUCGACUACCUCGUGUCGAGAGGGAUACACCUUCAGGGAGUACAUGUCGGUGACCACCGCGACCGAGCGCAUUCCGACCACGAGCCCAUCGUCGGCGCGCUUCCACAUGCCACCCGGGACAAGACCUACCACAAACACUGGGGCCCGAGGCACCUCGCCAAGAACUUUGACGCAUGCCUUUCCAGGACCUACCCUCAGGGAGACGGACACCACGCCAUCGCAGCGAUAUGCAAGGACAUGACCAACCCUGGCAGGGCCAUGGACAAGUUCGUUGAGAGUGCCGAGCUCAAAACCAAGCGGAGACUGGCGCAACACACCCCACCCGGCAUUGAAAGAAGGCGUGUCUGGAAAGAAGUACAAUGCCUUCAUCGCCAAGAACUCAAGCGGUGGCACACCAAGCUCAACGAGGCGGCCAGCAAAAAGGACUGGCGGGCCUAUCGAGCGCAAAAACAAAUGGCCCGCACACGGGAAUGGGAGCACUACCUCCUUGACGACGAGCACUGGCAGGACACCAUGAAACAACACUUCGAGGGCAUCUUCUAUAAGGGGGACCCCAGGGCCGUGACGUCCCAGAUGCACACCAUGCGGGACGAGUUGACCCGACUCUGCAAAACCGCGACAUGGCACCCCUUCACGGUCACUGAGCUCCAGGUCACCCAAGGUCGAUGGCCACGGCGAAAAUCAGCAGGACCCGAUGGCAUCAUUCACGAGGCCCUCUCAGUACUCAUGCAGAACGACAAGUGGAUGCACAGAGUAACGGUGCUGCUCCCCAAAACCGGGGCACCCGAUGGCUGGCCAGACACACGACCAAUAACGGUGUCAUCGGCAAUGUUGAAAUGGAUUGCACAGCUCGUCCUCUACCGCACCCAACACCUCUUCGACCCAAUCUGCAAACUCCAAUGGUGCGCUAAGGGCAGACAGUCUGUCGAGAUGCUGCUCGUCAUUCGAAAGAUAGCAAGGAUGGCACGCGAUUGGGGUGGACCCUUUUACUUGAUAAAAAUCGACGUGAAGAAGGCUUUCGACUCCGCCACUCAGACCAGCAUGGGACGGCUCGUGCAAAAGCACAUUGGAGAACGAGGGCACCCCUGGGAGGCUCGCAUUUGGUUGUCUCUUCUGCAUGCCACGGAGAUGAACAUCCAGUUCGGUGGCACCAGCAUAAAGAUAACCCAAAGCAACGGCGUUCGCCAGGGAGGACCAGACUCGCCAGUCGCAUUUAGCGCCCUGGUGGGGGACACCCUCCUUCAGGUUCAAUCGAAGGUGACCAUCAGCGCUUGGGGACCCAACGAAAAGUUGCCCCCGCCGCCGCAGCAUACCUCCGGGUACAUGGACGACGUCUACGUUUGGGGAGAAAAUCCCCGACACGUUCAGCAAGUAGUCGACCUGCUUGAAAAACUCUUUGCGGAACACGGGCUCUACGUGAACCACAAGAAGACCUGCGCCAUUGCCAACGAAGGGGAACACGUGUUUACAGUCGGAGGACAUGCAGUCAGAACGGAGGGACCAGACCAUGCGCUCACGGUGCUUGGGUCACCCGUCUCUUUCGCGGGCGGAUCCGCCAUCCUGGCAGCAGAGCUUUCGUCCCGCGCUCGCAAGGCUUGCUUUGCCAACAGGAAGACGCUCUGCGCGGACACGCCGAUCGCAAGCCGACUCAAGGUGCACUCGGCCAUAGUCCGAGAAUCAGCCCUGUGGGGAGCACCCACGUGGCCGCUACACGAGUGCGCCAACAGCAUCCAGUUGCAGCAAGUGCGGACCAUGCUGAAGAUGCCCAAUGGAGCACCCGAGCGCUUGAAGCAGUAUGGCGACUAUGGGGCCACAUCGGUGCUGGUGCCAGGAUUGGGGGCAGGCAAUGUUCAGCUUGCAGUGGAUCAGUUGGUCAAAUGGCAUAAGGAGGGCGCGAGCUCAGUGUUGCGCGCCAAGAGAAUUUCAAGAGCAGGUUUGUCGGAGAGCUUGGUGGGGCAGCAUACCGUCCAUGCAUCCACGAUUUCAGAGGCAUACGAUAAACUUGCACAUAGCAAUCCUCUCUCGCUAUUGCCUGCGAUCGAAAGGGCCAGAAAGGCAAGGGAGAACAGCGUGGAUCCAUCAAAGAGGGCGGCUGAGGAAAGGGCUGCUAAAGCCAAGUAUGCCACUCUCUUGUACAGCUUCUUGGUUGAGGCGAGGGCACCAAUAGUGGAUAUCUUGAAGGAAGUCACCGAUUCUGAAGAGGCAUGUGUGCGCAUCUUUGGAACACGAAGGUCAAAGACUUUGAGGAAUCGCUUUCACUCGUGGGGCAAGUUCGCGAGAUGGCUGGAGACUUCGAAGGGCCGCGUCUGGCCUGCCGGGCUGCAGGAUCUCUUGGAUUAUGCUACUGAAGCUGUGAAGGAGGGCGCUGGUAAGACGACCAUAGAUUCUUUUUCAGCGGCACUUUCUGUUCUGGAACAGGUCGGACGUUUCGGGGAAGGUGAUAUGCUGUCAAGAGAUCCAACGUGGAUUUCGUACAGUAAGAAUGUUACUGCAGAGCUGGUGGAGAAGGGGCCGAUGUUGCACCAGGCGGCCCAGCCUACAGUAGCGAUGGCGCUUUCACUCGAGCUUUACGUGUUUGACGAAGAUAGAGCAAGAUAUGCAAGGGCAUUGGCUUUUGUUGCACUUCUGAUGCUAUGGGGGAGUAUGAGGUCCGAUGACGUUCAGUGCAUGAGGCCAGAGAGCAUGCGACUCACUAUAGAAGGACUGUCUUGCAAACUUUGGAAGACAAAGACGACGGGCCCAGAUCGAAGGAUCAACAUGGUGCAGGUCUUCAUAUCCCGCAAGGCCAGUCUCUCUGGCUUGGAUUGGCUGGCAAAGGGGCAUGAGAUUUGGUCAGAGAUCAAAGACAAAAGGGAUUUCUUGGUUUUGCAAGCUUCAGAGGAUUGGGAAACCUGCGGCAACAAAGGGGUCGAUGCCCCUGCAGUGUCACUCUAUGUGCGAAAGAUUUACAAGGAGCUUUGUGUUCCGCGCUGGGUCGAGGGCCGCUGGAUACAGAACAAGGAGCGUCUGUUACUUCCGGGGGAUUGUGCGCUGCAUUUCUCUGGACAUUCAGCGAGGAACUUUCUUACUUCGAUCGCUGCAGCCAUCAGGGUUCCUAAGGACGACAGGGACUUUCUUGGACGCUGGAAGGUCGGUGGAGGUGGCUCUGCUGACUACACAAGAACAGCUCGGCAAAUAGUGCAUCGCAUCCAGGAGCAGGUUGCAGAGACUGUCUUGCUUGGGAGAGAGCGGGGCUACGUGGAGGCUGAUGCUUUGGAUGCAUUGCAAAGUUUCGCAGAAGAGCGAGGCGAGAUUGGUGCCGUGGUCAGGGCAAGGCAUGAGCUUGUUAGAGCAAACAAAGUUGGGGGAAACCCCCGACUUGGCGGGCGCUACCCGCCCCUCUACAUGCAGAGCAUCCCCGGACCUCAUGUGAUCACUGAGGAGGCAGCGGAGGACCAGCCGGAAACCGCCGCUGCACCGAAAGGGGAGGCUAAGUACUUUAUCAGUGUAAGUAAGAAGACAGGAUUCCGCAGACUGCAUGUGAAUCACGCGUGCUAUGUAAAGCCCUUCAAGUGUCAGGAUGUCGUAUACCUUGAUCAGGUUGCUGCCACGGAUUUCGAUGCAAUUUGUAAGGAUUGCAAGCUCAGAAUCAGGUCGAUGGCCGAUGACAACAAGGCCGAAGACAGUAGCUCAGGGGAGGCAACCACUUCCUCGAGCGAUGAAGGGAUGGCAGUCACAGAGGCAGAGAUGCGUGAGAGAGUCAACAGUGUCGAUGCCGAUCUGCAAUAUGUAUUGCAGGAGGCCGGGGCAUCACUUGCCACACAGUAUGCAGUUUGCAACGUGCACAGCACACUUCGCAGAUUCCAGGCUAUCGCUGAUGAUCGUGCAGGUUCGCGCACGGCUGCGAACACAGACUUUGGAGUGCCAAGAGACACGCCUGCAGGGCGUCAGCAAACGGCUGCUAUAGUGGCAGCGUGGGAACUUGCAAAAGAGAUUAGCUCCAAAGAAAUUGAACUCCGGGCGGAGGCCCGUGCACUCAAUCAGCCCAGGAUCUUGCAGACCCAGGAAAGGCAGGCCAUGCUGCGCGCGGUUUCGGCCGCCUAUGGCAAGCUCAACGAGGCCGAAACACCUAGUGCAGAGUACUUGGCUUUGAAAGCAGAGGAGACCGAGCAGAAUGAGCCGACUGCGGCACAGCUUGAUACUAUCACUUCGAAGCGAGAUUCUCAAACAGCCACCAUCCAGUCUAGUGUUGAUCCUGCAGGACAUUUGCGCAUCACGAAAACCAAGCAGAAAGUCGAGAUGCCUCAAAACUCUGAAGCUUACCGGAGAGUCUUGAAGAUUGAGGGUUACUCUUGGUUGGCAAUGCAGUCCAGGUAUAAAUCUAAGACUUGGCUUCAGGGCUUGACGAUGGCAGAUUUCACCAAGUUCGUCGACUACAUUCUCGGCGAGCGGGUCGCGGGCCUCAGAUUGGAGCAGGCCACGGGCUACGACAGUAGCCACAAUGCACUCUUCCGACCCCCAUGGGGGAUCGUGCUUCGCUAUGAAUACAAGUUGAGGAAAGAAGCUUUCAGGCUAGUGAACGAUGAAGGUCAGACGCUUCAAGAUGCUUUGGCAGCCGUGACUAAGGAUACCGAGCUUAAAGAAGUUCAUUUUGUCACUCCCCUAACCUUGACCGCUUUCCCCAUGCCAUCAAAGUGGACACGCAGGGGGGAGAAAGGUGACAAAGGUGGCAAAGGCAAGGAUCCUAGGACAGGGAAAGGCAAGCAAGGGAAAGGCAAAGGCGAAGAGAAAGGUGCGUUCAGAGGCCUACAGCUCGUCUGGAGGACACCGGAUGGCAAAGACAUCUGUUUCGCAUACAACAAUCAGGGUUGCCAGGGCAACUGUGGGAGCUUUCGCAAGGCAACAACAAAGCCGAGUGACGGAGGCUGCUUUGUGCUUGAGAGCCCUGAGGAUUUGGGUGCCACCAAGGCGCCCCGCGCCGAGGACAUCAUUCGAUUGUACGAAGCUUUGCCGAAGGAGGUGUCAGCCCGUGACCCUGAGGGCCGCAUCCCGAGCUCCUUCUCCACGGGUGCCUACAACAAGGGAGGCUUGACAGGCCUGAGGAAGGCAUGCCACGAUUUCCCGCUGGCCACCAAGUGCUUGGUCCGUUUUGUUCGAAGCAUGCGUCCUUUCCAUCCUUUCAGCACCAUCAGCAUUUACGACAAUGUGUGCACUGCCCUCCAUAAGGACAGCCGCAAUGCUUGCUGCGAGAACUUGAUAAUCCCUCUUACCCAGUUUUCUGGGGGCGAGUUGUGGAUGCAACAAGACCAGGGUGCUACACCUCAGAACUUUGGGGGCUCUGAAGUGUUUGGGACGGCAGUGCCGAUUCCCCCAGAAGGCUUGUGCUUCGAUGCUCGUGGCAUCUUGCAUUGCACUAUGCCUUGGAAGGGCCGCCGACUGAUUGCCGUCGCAUUCACGGUGUCGAAGACUGAGGAGCUGAAGAAAGCGGAUGCGCAGCUUCUUGAGGACCUUGGAAUCAAUUGCCCUUCCGCAAGCCAGUUGACAGGGAGGACCUUGGAUGCCGGGGAGCUGUCAUCGACGGAGAGCUCUGAGUCGGAACACCCGUCUGGUGGCAAGGACCAGCAAGCAGACGAUGUCUUCAGACCAGAGCUUUGUGGCAACUUCGGAAACCCCUUGAUGCUGGAGUGGGACGGGAGAGAGUCGCCUAUCACUGACGGCUAUGGCCUUUGUUCUCCAACGCGUUGGCAUCCUGCCUCCCGUGGAGCAUCGCUACCAGAGAAAUCAAAGGACCUGUCGAGACGCUUGAAUGGCUUGGUGCAGCAAUUUGUCGCAGAGCAGGUGCCAGAUUGCCAGUUGCUGGCACUCAAGUUGGCCACCGGACAGAUUCUGGAAUCGCCUUUCGAGGAGGGUGCAAUGCGACGCCUUCGCGAGGACUGGGCUGCACUUGUAUGUGAGACGGAUGGAGCCAAACACGAAGGUUUGCUGGAAGUUCCUGAUCCACAGCCUUUCUACCUUCGGUUGCUCUCGCACACAUCGCGCUUGCUGGAAGAUCCAGACUGGAAAAUCUUGACAGAGGGCGAGGAGUGCUUUGAAAAGGGUGUCCCAUUGGGCUACGACGAGACCAUACCUAGGGUCCCGCAGGUUUUCGAUCGGAAGGUCAAAUGGAGAAAGCUUGAUGAGAGCACCUUCGAGGCUGUCAAAGAAAAUUACCAGAGCGCGAAGCUCACCGUUCAGGAGAUGGAGCUGAAGUUCAGGGAGGAGGAGAAGCUUGGGCGGAUGUACCCUACCACUUACUCCGCUUUGGCAGCCGAGCGUGGAGCGGACAGGGUUCGUAUAGCGGUGAUGGGGGCGGUCGCCAAGCCAGACGGCAGCGUCCGUCCCCUACAUGAUGGCACCCACGGGGUGAGGAUCAACAAUGGCAUUCGCUUGCUGAACCAAACGGCCACGCCGGGCCCUGCGGAAGUGGCACACGCAGUGAGCUCUGCUAAACGAUCGCGCGAGGCAGCCUUCGGAAUCUCAGCUGACGUGAGUGCAGCACACCGGCUUGUCAAACACAGGCGUCGGGAUCACCCCUUGAUGGCAUGUAAAGCAGAUUCUUCAAGCACCGUCGUUUGGGUCAAUGUUGUAGGAACAUUCGGACUGAGCGUCGCUUCAUUUUGGUGGAGCAGAUUGUUCGGGCUCGUGGGCAGAACAGUCGCCCGAGCAAUGCUUCAGGAAUGGUUCUAUCAACUUUGCUUCGUGGACGACAUCCACGGUGUGUUCACUGGAGCACAUAAGUUCCGAAAUCUGGUGAUGUGGUUCGUCUUGUACCUUGCCUUAGGGACCCCUUUCUCCUUUAAGAAGUUUCGGGGAGGUUUUAAGGUUCCUUUCGUAGGCUUCGAGCUCGACUACCGAUCGUGGCAAGUUGGCAUGUCGGACUCUCGAGGAGCUUGGAUCGUUUCGUGGAUCAAGGAUGCCAGGACCAAACGCUUCGUGGUUCAGGUCCGACUCUUCAGGGAGUUCCUUGGCCGGUUGGGGUUUGUUUCUAGGAUAGUGGUUUGGAUUAAGCCUCACCUUGCUCCACUGUAUGCGUGGGCAUCAGCGGUGUCCCGGAGCACCGUCGCCAAGUUGCCCGAGACUGUCAUCUUGACACUCCAGUACUUGGAGAAGACGCUUGAUGAGUACACUUUUAAGGUUAACCCAUGCCGCAAACCCAAACACCAGGUCGCGGGCUUCAGGACAGAUGCAAAGUGUGCCGACGGAUUCGUCGUGUUGGCCGGUUGGGAGCUAAGUGAUGACACCAAAAGUUCAAAAUGGUUUUCGCUGCGCUUGACACCGAGUGACGCACCAUACUUGUUUGAUCAGGAGGGGAAAUCACAAUGGGCAUCAGGCUCAGCAGAACUGCUGGCAACAUUGGCGGCCCUUCACAUCUUCGGAUACUUGACCGCCUCUGUGGACAGAAAGGAACUGGACGUCGAGUGCGCGGCGGACACAGACAAUCAGGGCAACUCGAGAUUGCUCAAGAAGGGGUCCUCAACCAAGUGGCCCCUGAUGUUGAUCAACAUGCAGUUGUCUGAUUUGCUUCUUCGCUCUUCCUUGAAGCUCCUCCUACGGUGGAGGCCACGCGAUGAGAAUCAGUACGCAGACCAGCUUACGAAUGAGAUUUUCACUAACUUCUCGGACGAACAUCGCAUUGCAUGCACAUAUUCGGAUUUGCCUCUUGCGCUCCUGCAUCAGUUGUGGGAGACAAAAGAAAGCUUCGACUCAGCACGAAGGGCUCAGGCCGUGCUUCAGCAGGAUGCCUCGGGGCAUCGUCCUCAGAAGAGGAAGGCAGAGAAAACACCUUGGUAG